GUUAUUUAGGCACACACAGGUCGCCGAUUUGUUUGUUUUAACAAAAUUGGGUUUUUACCAACUGCCGCAGGAUGUCGGAGGUCCGCAUUCGCCCGCGCCAGGUCCUCAUCCUGAUCAUCGUCUUCCUCGUGGUGCUGAUGAUGGUGCACCGAAACGGGAAGCGCACAUGUCAGGGUCCAGAAUACCUCCAGGCCAUGUUCGUCCAGGGCGACACGUUACCCACGAUUUACGCCGUAACGCCAACGUAUCCACGGGCCGCCCAGAAAGCGGAGCUAACCAGACUAUCUCACCUCUUUAUGCUGCUGCCGCACCUGCAUUGGAUCAUUGUGGAGGAUACGAACGCCACCACUCCGCUGGUCAGAAACCUUUUGGAUAGAGCCGGCCUGGAGAAGCGUUCCACGUUGCUGAACAUCAAGACGCCAUCGGAGUUCAAGCUGAAGGGUAAGGACCCCAACUGGAUUAAGCCACGAGGCGUGGAGCAAAGAAAUCUGGCUUUGGCCUGGUUGAGGAGCCAUGUCGACGUCGAUCGGCACUCCAUAGUGUUCUUCAUGGACGACGACAACUCCUACUCCACGGAACUGUUCGCCGAGAUGAGCAAAAUCGAAAGGGGUCGCGUGGGCGUCUGGCCGGUGGGUUUGGUCGGCGGUCUGAUGGUGGAGCGACCCCUGCUUACCGAGGAUGGCACCAAGGUGACCGGAUUCAAUGCCGCUUGGCGACCGGAAAGACCAUUCCCCAUCGACAUGGCCGCCUUCGCCAUCAGCAUGGAUCUCUUCAUCCGGAAUCCGCAGGCCACGUUCUCGUACGAGGUGCAAAGAGGCUAUCAGGAGAGCGAGAUCCUGAGGCAUCUGACCACCAGGGAUCAGCUGCAGCCACUGGCCAAUAGGUGCACGGAUGUACUCGUCUGGCACACGCGCACUGAGAAGACCAAACUAGCCGCCGAGGAGGCGCUCCUGAAGAAGGGCCAGCGAUCCGAUGGCGGCAUGGAGGUCUAACCCGGGACCCACUUGUAUAUAUAGCAAACUAUUAUCCUAGUGAAUUUACUUAAUGUGUUCCGUCUCCUCAUAGUCUAGCCCAAUUUAUUUAAUACUUUUUACUUCAUUUUUUCUAUAUAUUUUAUAAAAAUAUGGUGUAGGCAAACAUUUUGAUGAUUUAUUUAACCAGACAUUUUCGGAUUGAAACCAAAUGAGAUUUUUUCUAACUACACCGCGUAGUUGCGAAAAUUUUAGAUAUGAAAACACUACUAGUUGUACAAUGCUCAAAGAAAAGUUGUAUCAUAUCUUCGUAAGAUAGUACCUAGUCUAUCUGCACGAAGGUUAUUAUUUUAACCCAAAUGAAUUCUAAUUCUUUGUAUUUGUUGUACCUAAGCUAUAAGAACGCUUUAAGUUGCCCCAUUGUAUUGUAUAUACGCCUAUAGGUUUCGCAAAACUGUAGGAGAUAGUUACGUUAGAAAUAUAAGCUUCCCCUGUGUGCCUCCCAAUUGAUGCAAAUAAAAUUGGUAGUGUUAUCGAAACCUAUUUCAAAAAA